AUGGAUUUGGCCUCGCAAGUCCGCAGCAGCCUGCAAAGCCAGGGACUGCCUUCUCCAACGCUGGCCUGGAUUCAGAACGUCCUGCCCAACCGCAACCCCAUGCCACCGCUCCCGGCUUUGACAGCGACGGCCAGGGCUCGUCUAAUGGCCGUCGAUCUCACCAAUCCCGGAGUCUUGGACGCGACUGCAGGCGUGCUCCCACCCAAUACUACCAACCCAGGGGUGAAGGAGGCGAGGCUUUCCAAGGACGUUUUGGUGCAGGUGCUGGACCUCGACAACCUCACCAAGAGCAAAUGGGAGCAGGUCGAGGAACUUGAGGCCAUCGCCCGCGGCGAGCAAACCCGCGGCAGAGAGAUCGUACGUCUCCCUGCGGCUGGCGACGACGGCGGUGAGGAAGGCGCCUACGGCAGCAGCGCCGCGACUCAGGCCAUAGCCACGGGUCCGAACCUCAGGGGUGGGCCGCCCGGCUCGGAGGCGACGCCGCGCAACUCGACCCACCGCCUCGUGGUGCAGGACUGCAAGGGCCAGAAGGUCUACGCGCUGGAGUUGAAGCGCAUGGAGAAGAUUGGAGUUGGCACCAUGAACAUCGGGGAAAAGAUCCUGCUGAAAAAAGGCACCGUCGUCGCUCGAGGCACUGUGCUGCUUGAGCCGACAACGUGCAUCGUCUUGGGCGGAAAGGUAGAGGCUUGGCAGAAGGCGUGGAUCGACGGCCGUCUGGCUAGACUCAAGGAGGCGGUUGCGGCUGAUGCCCGUGGAUGA